UCACACGCACGCUGAGCCAGCCUGGGGUGCGGGCGUGCGCUGCUGUUUCCGCUGGAGGUCGAUGCCCUCCGCAAUCGCAUCACUGCCUUUUCCUGUGGUGCGCGCACAAUUUGUCCUUUUUUUUGUGUGUUUCCCCACGUCGUGAAUGUCACCAGCAGCGAGGCGAACUUGGUUUUGCAGCAGCAGCAUCGGUACAGUGCUGUGGGCACACGGGAUCCGGAUCUGCUCCUCCGCGCUGCUGGAAGAAGCCAAUAACCAAUAACACCAGAAGCACUGAGUCUGCAGUCUUUGAAAUGAAAGAGGGAAAAGAAUAACCUCCUGCCCAGUGAAGACAUGAGAGCACCGUGGAGCACGUGAAGAUGUCCCAGAAGGCAACGAAAACAUGGUGCCUAAGGCUUCUCCCAGUUCUCCUCUUCUUCAUCUCUUUUGUCACGUACUACUGUUCCAAUGCCAUACUUCAGAGCUACGGCGGCACCAGCAAGCCUCUGAACAGUAGCAAGACACUGUGUAGCAGCUGGGUAACCCAGAAGAAGUGGGAGAGUCUUAACUUUAACAUUAGCCGACAGACGCAGCUCUUUCUGAAACUGGAGGAUUUCUUCUGGCGGGAGCAUCUGUCUGAGCUGGCUUUACCAUAUGGCGUUAAGGGCAGUGAGCUGCUGCUGCUGAAAGUUCUUGCUGUAACUGCUAAUUAUCAGGUGCCAGCCAACAUUGAAAAGCUUGAAUGCAGAACCUGUGUAGUCAUUGGCAAUGGCUUUGCUAUUAAAAACAGCUCAUUGGGAAGCAUCAUCAACAAAUACGACGUCGUCAUUCGGUUGAACGAUUCCCCGGUGAGAGGAUAUGAGGAGGACGUGGGGAACAAGACCACCAUGAGGUUCUUCUAUCCCGAGUCAGCCUCCUAUAACCCUGGCCUGCACAACGAGCCCGGCACACUCAUGGUCCUGGUGCCUUUCAAACAGCAAGACCUGCGAUGGCUCAAAGAAAUCCUCUAUAAUGAGAAGAGGGUCAGGAAAGGGUUUUGGAAGCCCCCUCCCCAAAUCUGGUUGGGCGACAUCAGUAAAAUCCGAGUGCUGGACCCGGACUUUCUGCACCAGACUGCAGAGAGACUGCUUCAGAUCCCCCUGCAUCCCAAGACUAAGCAGAACCCGGUGCAUCCGACCACGGGCAUCCUUGCCGUGUUUGUCGCACUCAACUACUGUGAUGUGGUCCACAUUGCUGGCUUUGGAUACCCUAAGUCAAACAGCCAGAAGCAGCCCAUCCACUACUACGGAUACGACACCAUGAGGUCUAUGAAGAAUUCUUACCAUGACCUCAAUCACGAAGCUGACGCCUUAAAACGACUGGAGGAUUCAGGAGCUGUUUUAUACCUGCACCCACAUUUAUGAUACACACACACACACAGUUUGAUUUAAUCAAAAAAAAGUAAUUUCAUGUGGCAUCUGGGAUCCUGAUGUGCCUUGUACAGAGGGACACUGGUGCAUUAAAGAUGCUGCAGUGUAACAAAAUGGGCUGUUUGUCCACCUCAAGGUUAAUACACUAAAAGUGCUCGUUUUUGCCAUUGACAGGUUCAGAUUGUUUUUGUUAUAAGUGUCUGACAACAUCAUAGAUAAGAUUCUAGACCUUUUUGUGACAUCCUCAUGUGACCAGAGACGGCCAAUAUAUGGAUCAAAGCCACCAGACGCCUUCCCCAAAAGUAGUACUUGUACGUCGCAGAGCACAGGAGUUGGUGGUCUAUGGCUAUGUGAAGUAUUUGAGUACUUCUAUCACCACUGCACGUCACACAGCAAUGUCUGAUUACAUUGGAUGUUGGAUAAUUCCAGUGCUUUUCAUGUUUUAAGGGCCACAUGAUCUCAUGGAAAGGUUGUUUUCAAGAUUUUUAUAAAUGUCACAGCGAAGAAAUUGAGCUUCAAGCAUUUCAGAUCUACAUCUCAGAUGGGAAGAGGUGUGGGAGGUGGGUGGUGGUUUCCUGUAUCUUGCACAUCAGUGAGCUGUAAAACGACACAGAUGACUUUUAUACUGUGUUUUAGUUUCAUAUUUAAUUUUAUCACAUGAGACAUUUUCUUUCUCCUGAGCUCACACUCAUCUUACUGAUGAAAAACAAAAAGCAAAAAAUGGGUGUGUUUGAAUCUAAGGGGUUAUUCUUGUUGUGAACUUUUUCAAUGUACAUUUUAGUUGAGGUGGAAAUGAAACCUGCUCAAAUCUGAUUCACACAAUGACGUGGAUGUAAUUCAUGUGACUUUCUCUGACUGGAAAUACAAUUUGUAUUUUUUACAAUUAUUAGAUUAGAAAUCCUUGGUUUUAUUUAUGAAGAAAUUUCCAGAUGCAAAUAACUGGAUUUUUGUAUUGUAAAUAAUGAAAUAAAUUUUAAUUAAUAGAAAAA